UAUUUUUGUGCCUCAAAUAACUACCGGAUCUCUCAUUCAUUGUGUAUGUGUUUGUAUGUAUGAAAAACUUAAUACUAAAAACUAAUAGUCAAACGGGUUGUCUAUCAAUCUAUAACUAUUGGAAACUUUCAAACUUGAAAAUCAACGUUAAGUUUGAAGACGUUGUCUCUCUUUUAGUCUCUCAGUCUCUCUCUCUCUCCUCUUAAGUCCAUAAAACUGAUCCAAACGUCUACUACUGAGGAGUUCAUCAUCUCUGCUAAUAUUUGAUAUAUUUUUUUUGACCAACAAAUUAAUCGGUAAAAAACACGAUGCGUGAGAUCGUCCACAUUCAGGCCGGACAGUGCGGCAAUCAGAUCGGCGCUAAGUUUUGGGAAGUAAUCAGCGAUGAACACGGCAUCGACCCGACCGGCCGAUACAAUGGCGACAGUGAUCUACAAUUGGAGAGAAUCAAUGUCUACUAUAACGAGGCGUCGAUGGGUGUGUAUGUACCGCGAGCUAUACUACUGGAUCUGGAACCGGGAACAAUGGACGCGGUCAGAUCGGGUUCGUUCGGCCAACUGUUCCGUCCCGAUAACUAUAUUUUCGGCCAAAGCGGUGCCGGCAAUAACUGGGCCAAAGGUCACUAUACGGAAGGCGCCGAACUGGUCGACACUGUGCUGGACGUUGUCCGCAAAGAGGCCGAAGGUUGCGACUGUCUUCAAGGCUUUCAAUUGGCCCAUUCGCUCGGUGGCGGAACCGGUUCAGGAAUGGGUACUCUAUUGAUAUCGAAGAUUCGUGAGGAAUAUCCCGAUCGUAUAAUGAAUACAUUCAGUGUUAUGCCGUCACCUAAAGUAUCCGAUACAGUGGUCGAACCAUACAAUGCCACACUAUCUGUCCACCAAUUGGUCGAAAAUACAGACGAAACCUAUUGUAUUGAUAACGAAGCUCUCUAUGAUAUUUGUUUCCGUACUCUUAAGCUACCGAAUCCAACCUAUGGUGAUCUCAAUCAUUUAGUUUCGGUUACAAUGUCCGGUGUUACGACUUGUCUGAGAUUUCCCGGCCAAUUGAAUGCCGAUUUGCGUAAAUUGGCCGUAAAUAUGGUUCCUUUUCCACGAUUGCACUUUUUUAUGACUGGUUUUGCUCCGUUGACAUCUCGUGGCUCACAAAUGUAUCGGGCGUUGACUGUUCCCGAGCUGACACAACAGAUGUUCGACGCCAAGAACAUGAUGGCCGCAUGCGAUCCACGACACGGACGCUAUCUAACUGUGGCCACUAUAUUCAGAGGACGGAUGUCGAUGAAAGAAGUGGACGAACAGAUGCUGAACGUCCAGAACAAGAAUAGCAGUUAUUUUGUCGAAUGGAUACCCAAUAAUGUCAAGACUGCCGUCUGCGACAUUGCGCCAAAAGGUCUUAAGAUGGCCUCGACUUUUAUCGGCAAUUCGACUGCCAUUCAGGAACUGUUCAAACGAGUUUCGGAUCAAUUUAAUGCUAUGUUCCGGCGAAAGGCUUUCCUUCACUGGUAUACCGGGGAAGGUAUGGAUGAGAUGGAGUUUACCGAAGCCGAGUCCAAUAUGAGCGACUUGGUCUCCGAGUAUCAACAAUAUCAGGAGGCGUCGGCCGAAGAUGAGGGCGAAUUUGAUGACCAACUACUCGAUGAACAACACGAUUAACUAAACUGAAACUCUUUAUUAAAACUAAUAAUAACUCAUAAAUUGGAUGUUUUUUUAUAUUUAUAUUAUUUUAUAAUUAUUUACAA